UUUCUCCAAAAGACAAUUGUUGGCUCCGGGUGAGUGCCUGGCCAACGGCUCAUUUGGCCGACCUCCUGCCAUGGCCUCGCAUUCGGCGAGCGGGGCGAGUGGGGUGGAGUUUCAGGAAGACUUUUGGAUGCUACACCGGCGCUUGGGGGAGCAACAUGAGUUGGAACUGAAGGAGCUACAAGCCAAGGUUGACAGCCUCCCAGCACCCCCUCCGCUGCCGAACUCGAACGGCCCGCAGCUCCCAGAGGGUGAUCUUCACCUCUUGGAACCGGAGGAGACGAACCGGAAGGACAGGGAGAGCACUCUGGUCAGCCAGCAAAGCGUUCCCUCACUUUCCUUGGACCACAAGGUACGACAUCGAUGGCUCUCGGAGGAUGAAGCACCACAGGUAGCACGGACGCAAACGCGCAGGCCCAGCUUGAAAUUGCCCGACUGGAGCGCGAAAGCACAAUCAAUAUGGCUCUCAGAUGAGCGGACCGAAGCAUCAUGGGUCUUUGUAAACGUCUUCCGGCGGAUUCAGCACCCAGGCAGCCUGUUGCGCAUUUGGUGGGGCUCUUUGGGCAUGAUGCUCUUGGGCUAUGAUGUGAUCUUCCUCCCCUUGCGCUUCUUCCCCACUUUCGUCGAAACGUCCACCAUGUUGGCCUUCUUUUGGACUGCCAGGCUCUACUGGACUCUGGAUCUUUUCCUGGGAUUCAUCACUGGCUUCUAUGACGCGGGUUCAUUGGAACUGGAGCUGCGGCGGACGAUCCGGAACUACCUGACGGGUUGGUUCACCUUUGAUGUGGCGGUGGUUUGCGUGGACUGGACAUCGGAGUUUCUGGACAACAAUGGCAUUGAUGACCUGCCGCGCCUGUCCCGGACGAUGCGCUUGGGAAAGAUUGUGAGGCUUUUGCGUCUCAGCCGAAUGCUAAAGCUGGGCACGUUGUCCGAGUCCAUGAUGGAUCAGCUGAGCAUGCAGGGCUCCCUGCACGCAGGAAUUCUUCGGAUCGUGAUUUGGCUCUUGCUCAUGAGCCAUGUGGUGGCGUGCUUUUGGUUCGGCAUCGCGGAGCUUGAAGGAGGGCCAAGCUGGGUGAGUGUCAAUCAGAUGGAAGACAAAUCGCUGCUGUUUCAGUAUGCCACAUGCUUGCAUUGGGCGGUAGCCCAGUUGGGUGUGGGCCAGACCGAGCUGGAAGCCGUGGGCCUUUUCGAGAAGCUCUUCUCCAUUGGAGUGAUGUUCGCUGCCCUCUUCAGCUUUUCCACCCUCCUGAGCUCUAUGACCUCCUUGCUGGCAAAUAUCUCACGGAUGAGAAGCGCAGAGGUGCACGAGUUCAAGAUGCUGCGCCGGUUUCUGGCCGACAACCUCAUAGACCACGACCUUUCACAUCGCAUCACGCGCUUCUUGCAACACCGGUAUGCAGUCCAAAAGAACGUGCAAGCGGUUGAUGCGACGCCCGACAUCUUGGAGUUGUUGUCGAAGUCCUUGAAAGGUGAGCUGCAGGUGCAACGGUACAAGGAGUGCCUGAAGGAGUGGGAUCUGACGAAAGAGCUGCACGACUGUGGCUUCCCGGGGAUCUUCGAGGUCCGCUCCGUGGCCUUGCACGGCCUCAAGCCGGAGAUGCACGCGGUCGGCGAUGUGAUUUUCGCCGCGGGGUCACUGGCAACCACAUUCUUCUUCUUGGCCAAAGGGGGCUUUGCAUAUUCUCGAGAAUUUUCAGAGAGGAAUCCACUGUGUUGCACCUGGGUGGCCGAAAUGUGCCUUUGGACCAAAUGGACCUACGCUGGGGAUUUGGUUUCGAAGGAGACCUCUCGCGUCAUCUCGGUGGAUGUGGAUGCGGUGUCCGACUACUUGGGCCAGGUCAACGAGACGCGGUCGAUCACCUCAGCCUAUGCGAGGCGUUGUGUGGAUGAGAUCAACCGUGUUGGUGCGGUGUCCGACUUGUGGGAAGACUAUGAAGCGGAAGAGGAUGAGGCCCAAGCCUCGACACCGCGACAUGGAAAGAACAAGAACGGCCUUGGCCUGGCAAAGAUCAUCCCUUGGGCCGAGGAGUUCCCUUCAUUUUGACAUCAAUUCUGCGGUCUUUGAGAUUGGAAGAUGUCUGGCGUCCAGAUGGAAGAACUGUCAUGAGCUUGUUACGGUGAUGCCAGAAGAUAAGAUAAUUACUGUCCAAGGCCUUGUAUGCAAGAAGCAGUUGCUGGCAGCUCUGAUCGCUGCAUUCAUUUCUAGUCUAACUCGUUUACAUCCAUUUGGCCAUUUGGUUUUAGAUUGUGCUUGUUGGGCUAUCGCACUCCUUGGAUGUCGGAACAGCAAGAUUUUGUUGUCAAUACUGCAUUCUUCCCUGAGCCUGAUUUGUCCGGGGGGCCAAGAAUGUUUCUUUGGUGGGCGAAAUUUGCCAUCAAUGUGGUACGCCAUGAGUUGCGGCCAUAUGGCCAUGCAGAAGAUCAGCCAGGUGCCACGGAGUGGCGUAAACUCCGCGUCGCCACCGAUCAGUCUUGGCCCAAAAAGGCUUGAAGAUUCAUUGCUUCGGAUGAAUCAUGACAUAUCUUCCCUGAAGGGCGUGACUAACACCACCCCAGACAUACAUGUGGGUCCAGAUGGUCAACCUUUGAAAUUCGCAAGUGUUUGUUAAGAGUUUCCCCA